UAAAUGGGCGCGCAGUGCUCGUAACGGGAUAGCCAUGUUAAUUGAUAAUAGCUUGAUUGGUAGCAAUUAUUUUCAGUGUUGUGGUUGAAUAAAUUAUAGUGCAAUUCCAUCGAUUUUUCCCACAUCAAUCAGGUGGGAGGGUGGUCAACUGGGCACCACUAUAGCUACUCGAACUAUGGCCAAUAUGCAGAUACAGCACCACUAGCAGCUGCAACCACUUAAGCCAGCCAUACCAAAGCCAAAAGCGCGCGCAAUACGUGAUGUUGAACGUCAACAAUCGACAGUCGCACAUACAACACACAACCGCACAGGCAGCAGCACAGCAACUGGAGCAGCAGCAGCACCUGCUAGACACCACGGGCGCAACACAUGACGGCCAGCUUUAUGGGGAGGAGGGGCAGCAGCACGACGUGGACCUAAACUUUAGCAACUUCGCUGAGCUGUGCCGCCUGUGUGGCAUACACCAUGGACCCACCAAGUUGCAUAUCUUUGAGCCGCAGGCGGAGCAGCGCCAAUUGCUCUACAAGCUGCGCAGUCUGCUGCAGGCGAAUAUAACCAAGGACGACUAUCUGCCAAAGCACAUAUGCGAGCUGUGCCUCGACCGAUUGGAGCACUUGUACGAGUGGCGGCAGCUUUGCGUGCGCAACGAGCAUAUGCUGCGAAACUAUGCCGCCUCCAUGCAGAUGGUCCGAGCCACCAUAGACUUUCAGGACGGCACCGUUAACAUGGACAAGAUGACGGUGGCCCAGAAGAAUGCAUAUCUGGAGGCGCACAUGGCCGUGCAACAGCAGAUGGCGCAGGCGGCCAUCCAAUUCAAGCAGCAGCAACAGAGCUCCGUGCAGCAGAGCUCGCCCACGGCCAACAACAACAACAACAGCCAGAACAAUGGCAGCAUGCAGCAGCAGCAACAGCAGCAGCAGCAACAACAGCAGCAACAACAGCAACAGCAGCAGCAACAGCAGCAGCAGCAACAACAGCAACAGCAGCAACAUUAUGCGGCCACCAUUAAAGUGCCACAGAUCAGUUCCUCCAGCUCAGGUGGCGCUGCUGGCGCCGCCGGCGACAGCACCUUUACGGUGCCCGACGACGGCAUGGGCUUCGAGGGCGGAGUGCGCGUGCUGCAGAGCCUGGGCACCUGGUCAGCGGCGGAACAGCUCACCUACAACAUACCGAAGCCGAAUCUGAUACCCUUCACUGAGCCAUACGUGGAGGGCGGCUCCAUGCAUCCGGCCAGUCGGCUCAAGGCUCUGCAACAGGUGCAGCAGGCGUCCUCCGGGGUGCGCAAAACAAACCCAUCAAAAACCACCAACAAGGCGUUCGAGUGCACCGUCUGCGGCAAGGGGCUGGCGCGCAAGGACAAGCUGACCAUCCACAUGCGCAUCCACACCGGCGAGAAGCCCUAUAUUUGUGAAGUGUGCAAUAAGGCGUUCGCUCGCCGGGACAAGCUCGUCAUCCACAUGAACAAGUUCAAGCACGUGACGCCCACAAAUAUCGCGCCGCUCGGCAAGCGGCUGAACAAUAUGGUAAAGAAGAAGGAGCAACCGGAUCCGCCGCCGGAAGACAACAAGCAGAGCCUCGAGCUGCAGCUACAGCAACAGGCUGUGCAGGUGGCCGCCCAGAAUAUCAUAGUGCAGUCGGCGCAAGGGGCGCCGACAGCGAUUCCGGGCAUCAUCAUACCACACCACCAGCAGCAAUUAUCGUGGACGUGCGAGCUAUGUGGACGCAUGUUCUCGAGCAGGGACGAGUGGUCUAUUCACGCCAAGAGUCAUCUGGAGUAUUGACAACAAGAACGGUUAGUCGUAGAGUCCACAAAACAAGCAGCCGCCAUCGCUAAGAGCAACGGCAACAACAACAACAACAUCAGCAACAACAACAACAACA